AUGGAACGGAUGACGACGACGCCGACGACAGCGCGGCCAAGCUCGCGCCUUGCUGGCUUAUCGAACAAGCAAUAUAAUAGGAUCAAUACUAAACUUACAACUGUCGACGACGACGAUGACGAUGGCAAUGAUUAUCAGGUUUUCCAGGAUUAUUCCUUCCAGCCUGAGCCAAGUUUCCUGCGCGCGCCGCUCAACUCACGCGUCCCGCAACUCUCCCCGCACAGCUACAACUCAAUUAGGAAGUCGAGUGCUUUCAAAGAUGUUGGUUUGGAUAUACAGCAGGCUGCGAUUCUUGAAGAUUUUCAGUAUGUUCUGGUUGGCAUCCAAGGACAAUACAUUACAUACCACCCAGAUUACGCGUAUGACGACAUGAAUGCUCGACUUAAGGGGAGUGAGUUCAUCGUCGAUCCCUCUAUUGACCACGGUCUCGCUACUCUUAUCCAUCGCGUACUCCCACUCGCUUCGCUGUACACAUCAAUAACGGCGUUCGUUGAGCAGCGUUCUGCGAUGGAUUGGGGUCUCGUUAAUCAUGCGCUCUGUGCAGCUAUCAGGGAUAUGCUCAAGGAAUACCACUUGCUACUCGCUCAACUAGAAACCCUUUUCUAUACUUCACCCUGCUACACUCUUCAGAUGGCUUUCUACCACCUCCAACCAGCUUUGCACAAACUUACCCUUGUCCAUCAACUCGCACUCGAACUUAUUAAGACUGAAACUCCAGACAUAACCGAUGAUCAGGUCGAUCCGGAAGAGGAUGAUAGUGAGGAUAUGAUGGGUGAGACAAUGAAGAAAGCUAUAGCACAGAUCAACGCAGAAGCCAAAGAAACAGCUUUGGAGAGUGAAGGUAUUGUUAAAGGUGGCGAGGUUAUUAAAGUGGUGUGGGAGAAGUUGAUGAAAUCUUCAGGCGAUCCUGUCGCCCAUGAAGUGUUCACCAGAUUACUUUUUCACGCAUCACAACCUUAUGCUGAAAUGCUACUGAGUUGGACAACUUCCGGUGACCUCAAUGACCCUUACGAUGAGCUGCUUGUGCGCGAGGCUAAAUCUAUUAGCAAGAAGGGUCUUGAUAUGGACUAUACAGAUGAGUACUGGGAGAAAAGAUAUACGCUCCGCGAUGGAUCGAGCGUCGAAAAACCAUUUAAACCAGAUACAGCGUUCGAUGAUGAAGGUCGCCUUAAGCGUUUGGCUGGAGGUGCAUGUAUACCGCCAUUCCUGGAAGCGUGGAAAUUUAAGAUACUUUUCGCUGGUAAAUAUCUCAACGUUAUUAGAGAAUGUGGUAUAGAAGUGUCCAAACACCGCAAUUACGGGGAGUUAGAGAGAACAUCAAUCAAUUCACCACCAUUCUACAAACAAGUCGAAGAUGCCUACACACACGCUAACAGAGCGCUAUUGAAACUGCUCUUGGAAGACGAGGGACUAGUUUCGCGGUUGAGGAGUCUGAAACACUACUUUUUUCUUGCAGACUCAGAUUUCUUCGUGCAUUUCCUUGACCAAAGCUACAAUGAGCUGCGUAAGCCAGCCAAGAAUGCGAAUUUGGUCAAGUUACAAUCGCUUCUAGAUUUGACGCUCCGCAAUCCCGCCUCACCCAGCUUCAACGACCCGUACAAAGAAGAUAUCAAGGUUACUAUGAGCAGAGAGCCUCUUUACCAGUGGUUGCUCACUGUUGUAAAUGUGAGUGGAGCGCUGGGCCAGGAGGACAACUUGAACCAGCGCAAAGGCGCAGAAGAGAAGCCAAUACGAGCAAUUGAAGGACUCUCGUUUGACUACACAGUUAGUUUUCCGCUGUCUUUGGUUAUUUCCCGCAAGACUAUCCUCAGAUAUCAGCUAAUAUUUAGAUUUUUGCUUCAUCUUAAGUACACAGAAAGCGCGCUGGUUGGGAUGUGGGGUGAGCAUACGCAGGACUGUUGGAGACGGAAUCUACGCUACAAGCCUUUCGAUAUGUGGCGGACGCGGGUGUGUGUGCUUCGCGCGCGCAUGCUGGAGUUGGUCAGGCAAGUGACUGGCUAUGUGUGUGAGGAGGUGCUCCACAUUAAGUCGCUCGAGUUGGAGGAGAAGAUCGGCAAGGUGCAGACGGUCGAUGCGUUGCUGAAGGAUCAUGUCGAUUUCCUCGACGGCUGUCUGAAGGAAUGUAUGCUAACGAAUGCGCGAUUGAUCGAACGUUUGCAGAAUAUCAUGAAGACGAUCGGUACUUUCACAUUAUACUCGGUACAAUUGACCAAAACGGCUGUUGAGGCGGGUGAAGCAAUCGCUGAAGCACGCAGGAGCGGGAUAGAGCCGUCGGAGAGUAUAGUUCCGUUGGGUAAGAUAUGGAGCGAGCUCAACAAAUUCGAGCAUGCGUUCAAUAAACAGAGUAAGAUUAUGCGCGACUCGCUCGCGUUCUACGCAUCGUCGGAAAACCCCUCCCUGCUAGCCUUGUUAGCAAGGCUGGUGGGCAUGCCAUGA